AUGGUGAUGGUUCAACACCACAAUACAUAUCAUGAGGUUGAGUCGUUUGUGCAAAUGAGGCGAAAAAUCGAGGAGGUUAACUUGUUUGUCACCAUCUCUGAGCAUAUCAAUGCGCUGACAACAGGGAAAACAAGACCGCCAUUUGCGCAUGUUACUGAUCAAACCCUGAUCCGAAACGAAGAUAACGAUGAGACUGAAUCAAAUGAAGGGUUGGAGGAAGAAUGGCUAGAAUUUGCGAUGUCGGAAAUCCCUUUGACAUGUCCACACCAGAAAAAACGACGUUGGGGAGAUGUCAACAAGCAAAGGUGCAUAUGGGAGAAAUGGGGAAGUAGCCGAGCUGUGCGCCGUCGCUUGUUCGAGGAAUCAGAGGUCCCCAACAUCAAAGACGCUGAAAUGGAGGAACAUGUUGAAGCAGAACCUGAGCCAAUAGAAGCACCUACAUUGACAUGGACAUCCAAUUUGUCCCCCCAAAGUAGCCUCUGCACGUGGACGCGUUUUCAAGACUCUUUACAUGACCUCCUUAAUGACGAAAGCUCUGAACCUGUGCUAUUCACACGGGAUGCACCAACAGUUAUGGAGAGCGUCGAAGCUGAUGGUCUCGAUGCAGCUUUAGAAGUUGUACCUUAUGAAGGAGACAAUCUUUUUGUUGGCCAAGUGUUCAAGUCCAAUAGCGACUGCAAAAUCAAAAUCGCUAUUCAUGCCAUAAAUCGGAAGUUUCACUUUAAGACAAAGCGCUCAACCCCAAAUUUUAUGGUCCUGAUAUGUGUUGCUAUCGACUGUCCAUGGCGCGUCUACGCAGCAAAAGUCGAUGGCAGCAGAAACUUCCAGAUAAGGCAAGCAACCCUUAUGCACAGUUGCUCCGUUGAUGCACGGCGGAACUACCACAAGUUGGCAACGACACAAGUUAUUGGCGAGCUAAUACAAUCUCGUUUCAUUGGAAUCAAAAGAGGUCCAACACCUGCAACAAUAAGAAAAAUUAUGCUCGACGACUUCAAUGUUACUGUCUCCUACUGGAAAUCUUGGCGCUCCCGUGAAAUUGCUAUGGAAAGUGUCUUAGGAUCGAUGGCGGGAAGCUACGCACUCAUGCCAGCAUACAUGGGGCUGCUACAAACCACUAACCCCGGUUCCAUUUGUGUACUGGAGAAGACUGAGACUGGGGAAGGAUGUAUGAUGUUUCAGUAUGCAUUCAUAGCCUUUGGCGCAUCCAUUAAAGGCUAUAGGUACAUGAGAAAAUUAAUUAUCAUCGAUGGAACAAGUUUGAAAGGGAAGUGUGGGGGAUGGUUAAUGUCUGCUUCUUGCCAAGAUGGGAAUUUUCAAAAUUUCCCACUUGCUUUCGCGGUGGUUGAUAGCGAGAAUGAUGCAUCGUGGGAGUGGUUCUUAACUCAGUUGAAGUCAUUUGUUGUGGAGUCAGACCAGUUGGUGUUCGUCUCUGACCGCCAUAGAAGCAUCUAUAACGUAAUUGGGAAGGUGUACCCGUCAGCAGAACAUACCGCUUGCACCGUACAUUUGUGGAGGAACAUUAAGGGGAGGUUCAAAUCACAAAGACUAGCAUCCCUCAUGGGAGCUGCAGCGAGAGCAUAUACUGUGGAAGGAUUCAAUAAGAUGUUCAUUGCUAUUCAACGCGUCAGCCCUGGAUGUUUUGAUCACUGGAGCCGUGCGCAUUUUCAAGGGGACCGUUACAAUAUAAUGGAUUCUAAUAUUGCGGAGUCAUGGAAUGCAGUAUUGAAAGAAGUGAGAGAGUUCCCCCUCAUCUCCAUGUGUGAGUACAUACGUACAACACUUGUGAGUUGUGAAACUGAGUUUCAAGUGAUGUCCCAAAACAGAGAGUGUUUCCUGGUCAACCUCUUAGCGGGAACACGUUCAUGCAAUGCGUUCGAUCAUCUACGUAUUCCAUGUCGUCAUGCCGUGGCUGCUGCUGGGCGAGCCAAUAUCCCAACUGAAUCUUUGGUGGCAGCUGCGUAUUAUGCGGAGACAUGUCAUAGUACUUACGAAGCGAAGAUUUACCCCAUUCCAUCUGUAGGAGGAAACGAACUUGGAGGAGAAUUUGAGGGGGAUCUACUACCGCCGGCGUUUAAGAGACCACCAGGCAGGCCCCGCAAGGUCCGCAUCUUGUCGAGAGGCGAAGAUAAGCAUGGUGGAAUGAAGGGAUGUAGGAAAUGCACUAAGUGCAGGGGUGAAGGACACAACAAGACCACCUGCCGUAGUGCCACAUAA